AUGUCCUCCCACCCAGCCCCGCUUGACGCCAAAGUUUCCUCCAUCGUCGGCCAGAGACUCGACUCCGCGACUGAUCCCGACGAUCUCGACGAAGACGCUCUUUUCGAAGAGCUAGAGAGAGAAGAUGACUCUGCCUAUCGCGCACACCGCAUCGAGCAACUACAUCAAGAAGUGACAUCAGCGAAAGAAGCGCUCAAAAAACAGAACGAUAAUAAUAGUAGUAGCCACAACACAAGAACAAUAGACGCCUUCUACCCGACCCUCCUUGACGACCGAGCCGUUCUAGACCUAACUACAAAUACCGAUCGAUGCGUCGUACACUUCUCGCACCCUGAUUUCGGCCGAUGUGCCGUCAUGGAUGAGCAUCUCCGUCUGCUUGCGCCGAGACAUCAUGAGGUACGAUUUGCGCGCGUCGAUGUACGGAAUUGUCCAUUUGUCGUUGAGAAGCUCAAUAUCCGUGUGCUGCCAUGUGUGAUUGGGUUUGUGGAUGGGAAUAGCAAGGAGCGAAUCGUUGGGUUUGAAGGGUUGGUGUCUGUUAGAAGUAUAAAGAAGGGAGGGGCGGACACUUUUCAGACGGCAGAUCUGGAGAAGAGAUUACUUCAGGGCAGUAUUCUCGUGAGGGGGAAGCUCUUUGAGGAGGCUAGUUCGAAUCGAUAUAACGACGAUGAUGAAAGCGAAAGUGAUUCGGAGAAUGAUACAAGACGACGAAAAAAAGGAAUUCGCGAUGGAACGAGCAAUCGACGGGGCAAUGAUAAUGAUAGUGAUGAUGAUUGGGAUUGA